UGGGGGUAGAAAGGGCAGAAUCGAGGCAGAGAGGCCGAGUGCAUCGUCGAAAGAGGACUCAACAUUGAUCUCUUGAGCUGCUGAAGGUGGACUGACAUAUUAUCAGCCAAAAAGCAGUCCCCGCAGUCGGAGGUGAAGAGAUCCAGGCUAGGCAUGGAAGAGGAGAAGGCAUUGCAGCAGCAGCAGCAGCAGCAGCAUCUAUUGCUACAGCAGCAACAACAACAACAGCAACAGCAACAGCAGCACCAUCAACAUAACCAGCAGCAGUUAUUGCUUUUACAACAAAUGCAAAGGCAACAGCAACAGGCCGCUGCCAUUUCCCGUUUCCCUUCCAACAUCGACGCCCAUUUGCGCCCACUCCGAGCCAUAAAUCUCCAGCCUAACCCUAACCCUAAUUCCGCUCCUAAUCUUCAACAAAAUCCUGUUGCCAACCCCCAGCAACAGCAGCAGCAGCCCCAACAGCCCCAACAGCAGCAGCAGCAGCAGCAGCAACAGCAGAGGGUGAUCCGACCCGGGAACCAGGCGGAGCUACAGAUGGCAUACCAGGACGCCUGGAGGGUCUGCCAUCCCGAUUUCAAGCGUCCCUUCUCUUCGCUCGAAGACGCCUGCGAGAGGUUGCUGCCUUAUCAUGUAGUGGCAGAUUAUGAGGCAGAGGAGGAUGACAGAAUCCUCGACUCUGACACCACAGGCACGAUUCCAUCUCGCUCUCAGCAGUGGGAUCACAACAUAUCUGCUAAAGUUGCAGAGUUUACAGCAACAUUUGAGAAACAGGCACUAGCCUUUAACAUAAUUUCCCGUAAGCGAGCUUUGGGGGAAUUUCGGUCCGAAGAGAGACUUAUGAUUGAGCAGGCUCUUUGCCAAGAAGAAAAAAGGACAUGUCUGGAAUUGAGAGCAGAGUUUGAUUCAAGAGAGAAAGCUGGCCGGGAAGCUAAAUUACGAGCUCAGGCAGAGCAAGCUCGGGUUGAGUCACAAGCACAUGCUGAAAUGUUAGCUCGGGCCCCAAUAAGGCCAAGUGCACUUGGGUCUCAAGGCAAUGACGUUUCGAUUGGGCUUGACAUGAGAGAGCAGGAACAUGGGGUUAACCCAGAAGAGAUGAUAAAUGGAUGGGGAAAUAAUGUGCAAAGAGAUGAGAAGGAGCCGUGUGAGGAUUUUUUAAAUGAUGAAGAGACUGAGAAUGGAUCCACAGGCAUGCAGGACGGCUGGCGUGAAGUUGGGGAGUUUGAUUUGAACACUCGUUAACCAAUAGAGGUCUUGGCAAAUCAUGCUUGAUCACGGACAGAGAAGCUGUUAAUAAACAGGAAAGCCGGUUCCUUUUACAUGGCAAAUGAGUUGGCAUCGGCUGUCAUGGAAUUGUUGUGUGUUUCAUACGGCAUGAGAAUUGGAGAAAUGCUUGUUUUAAAAUUUGAAUCACUCAUAGGGGAAAAGACCAAUGAAGCUACAAGCUGCAGUUACAAUGGAAGAUGGAUAGCUUUUAUACCUAAUUAUAUUAGUGGAUCGCGCCUUUCCACGCUGUCACAGAAGAGGACAUAAUGGACAUUAGUUUAAAAAGGUUCUCUGAGAGGAUUGAGCUUUCCUUAUUUUGAUCAUUUCUUGUAUUUUGAAAUCUGGAAUUGCGUAGAAUGUCCGUCCUUUGUGAGAAUUGAGCUUUCUUUAUUUUGAUCAUUUCUUGUAUUUUGAAA